GCCUGUGAUCGCAGAGAGCCAUCUGAAGCGCAGAUACUCUCCUCUGUGGCUGCUCCGCCGGGCGGUAGGAGGGGUUGUAGUGACGCUGUCAUCCAAUGGGCACCGGCUUCCUCUGGACUGAGCGCAGCAUCUCUGUCUCAGCGGCACUUGUGCGCCAGACAAGUAAGGACGGUCUCUUACUCAGCACCCGAGGAGAAGAAGCAGAGCUCCGGGAAUUACUGAGCUGUUUUGGCGAAGAAGACUCCUUUCUUCACCUUCUCUUCUGACACGCGCUUUGGCAAAGAUGAACGUUGGCUGCGUCAUCCUGGCGUGCACCUUACUCCUGGGCGCAUCCUUGGGGAGUAAGGCAGGCCAGCCCCUCAAAGCCCCGUGCAGACCCGGCUUCUCCCAGAACUUCUACACAGUGAUUGUCCAGAGAGACGUAUUGCAUGGUCAGAGCAUUCUCAAAGAUACCACCCUGUCCAGCGAGCGUGUGAAAUUUGAGGAUUGCCAACGCAGCAGAGAGGUGGGUUUCAUCAGCAACGACCCCAACUUCAGCGUGAGGCCUGAUGGGACGGUGUACGCAGAGCAGGAGGUGGCCAAUCUGUCAGAGCCCGUCCAGUUCAUGGUGACAGCCCGGGGGCUCCAUGACCCACACAUCUGGGAGACGACUGUAAAGCUGGCUCUGGCUGGACACCCUCAUCCUUUAGCCCUGACAAAGGUUGGCUUUGAGGAAAUGCUGUCAAGAGUGUGGGAAUCCCAACCCAGAGUUAUCAAGUUUGCUCGAAAACAUCAGAGGAGCUCGUCUGUCAAUGGGCUGAGGCGUCAGAAGAGGGACUGGGUCAUCCCACCUAUCAAUGUGCCUGAAAACUCCAGAGGACCCUUCCCUCACAUGCUUGUCAGGAUCCGCUCAGAUCAGGACAAGGAUGUCGGGAUCCGCUACAGCAUCACAGGAGCAGGCGCUGAUCAGCCCCCCAGUGGGAUCUACAACAUCGACCCCAUCAGCGGCAACAUGUUCGUCACCCAACCCUUGGACCGAGAGGAGAGGGCCUCUUUCCAUCUAAGAGCCCAUGCAGUGGAUAUGAACGGUAACCAGGUGGAGAAUCCGAUCGAUCUGUACAUCUACGUGAUCGACAUGAACGACAACAGACCAGAGUUUCAGAACCAGGUGUACAACGGCUCUGUGGCCGAAGGCUCCAAACCAGGUUCGUCAGUGAUGCAGGUGACAGCAACGGACUCGGACGACUCCACCACAGCAAACGGCAUGGUGCGCUACCGCAUCCUCUCUCAGACGCCCCAUAGCCCGAUCCCCAACAUGUUCACCAUCAAUAGUGAGACCGGGGACAUAGUUACUGUGGCAGCCGGCCUGGACAGAGAGAAAGUUUCCCAGUACACCAUCAUCGUCCAGGCAACAGACAUGGAGGGCAACUUGAACUUUGGCUUGUCCAACACAGCCACAGCCCUUAUCAGCAUCACCGACAUCAACGACAAUCCCCCGGAGCUGACGGUCAGAACGUUUUCAGGGGAGGUGCCAGAGAAUAAGGUGAACGUGGUGGUAACAAACCUGACCGUGGUGGACAGGGAUCAACCCCACAGUCCAAACUGGAACGCUGUGUACCGCAUCGUCAGUGGAGACCCCUCUGGACACUUUACCAUCCGCACCAACCCCAUCACCAACGAGGGCAUGCUGACGGUUGUUAAGCCUGUGGAUUUUGAGCUGAAUCGUGCCUUCAUGCUGACUGUGGUGGUGUCCAACCAGGCCCACCUGGCCAGUGGCAUCCAGUCCUCGCUUCAAUCCACAGCCGGAGUCACCAUCUCAGUUCAGGAUGUGAACGAGCCGCCUGUCUUCCCUGUCAACCCAAAGAUGAUCCGCUUUGAGGAAGGCGUGCCGGCAGGAACCACGCUCACUGUGUUUGCUGCUCAGGACCCUGACCACUUCAUCCACCAGAUUGUCAGGUACUCCAAGCUGUCUGACCCAGCUAACUGGCUAAAGAUCAACAGGACCAAUGGUCAGAUCACCACCAUGGCCCUGCUGGACAGAGAGUCCAUGUAUGUCAAAAACAACGUGUAUGAGGCCACGUUCCUGGCAUUCGACAAUGGUAAGUCUGGCUCGCCUCAAGCCAGUGGGACAGGAACUCUCCAGAUCCACCUGAUCGAUGUGAACGACAACGCGCCGGUGCUGGUUCCCCGGGAGGCCCAAGUGUGCGAGCGUGCACGCCCAAACUCCAGGAUCAACAUCACAGCCUCCGACGCUGACGCCGACCCAAACGUUGGGCCCUUUGUCUUCGAGCUGCCUUCUUUUCCUGCCAGCGUCCGCCGCAACUGGACGAUUUCCAGACUCAGCGGUGACUAUGCCCAGCUGAGGUUAAGGAUUCCCUACCUGGAGGCGAGUGUUUACGAGAUCCCCGUCAUUGUGUCUGAUUCAGGGAACCCUCCUCUGUCCAACCGCUCUCUGAUCAGAAUCAAAGUUUGUCCAUGUGAUGAUAGCGGGGACUGCAGUGCCACCGGGGCCGUGGCAGCUGCCGGCCUAGGCACUGGGGCCAUCAUCGCCAUACUCAUCUGCAUCAUCAUUCUGCUCAGCAUGGUUCUGCUGUUUGUGGUUUGGAUGAAGCGCAGAGAGAAGGAGCGGCAGGCAAAGCCCCUUCUGAUCGACCCCGAGGACGACGUCAGAGACAACAUCCUCAAGUAUGAUGAAGAGGGAGGAGGGGAGGAGGACCAGGACUAUGACCUGAGUCAGCUGCAGCAGCCCGAGUCCUUAGACCACAUCAUUAACAAGCCAGCAGGGGUGCGCAGGGUGGAUGAGAGACCUGUGAUUGCUGAGUCUCAGUACCCGGUCAGACCCAGUCUGCCCCAUCCUGGAGACAUAGGAGACUUCAUUAUUGAUGGUCUGAGGGCGGCAGACAAUGACCCCACAGCUCCCCCCUACGACUCCCUGCUGGUCUUUGACUACGAGGGCAGCGGUUCGACCGCCGGCUCUGUCAGCUCACUCAACUCCAUCAGCUCAGGGGACCAGGACUACGACUACCUCAACGACUGGGGCCCUCGCUUCAAGAAGCUGGCCGACCUCUACGGAGGAGGGGACGAUGACUGAGAGUGGAGAGGGGGGCUGGGUGGGGCUGUGGGAGGAACAGGAGAGGAAGGGGCGGAGAACAUGACGCCGGCUCAAGGUUAGACAUGUGAGGAACAGACCCUUAAACGGGCUCACAGCGGCCAAGCCCACAAACAUGAAUCCUGCUGCAAUGCAACUGUAUUCUGGCUUUAUACUUUUUAGUGGCGAGUUUGUAGUGUGAUGUUUUUUUUCUCUCUCUUUUUGUCGUUCUCUCACCGUGCUGGACCCGGAGGUCUCUGGGGAUGAAUCAAGGCGGUUGUGAGAGACAGGAUAGUGAAUUUGUGCUUUGAUUGAUUGUUAAAACAAAACCAUCUCUUGCUUUAGUCUCACACUGAAGAGAAUGUUUUUGGGACUCUGGCUCUCUCUUUCACUCUGUCGACUUGAAUUUCCUUAGAACAGAAGCACUGUCUUUUUUAUAAAGUGCCUUUUGUGGUGUGUUUUUGUAUCAGACUCCUGCUAUCUCAGGAUCGGUUGCCAUUCGUGCAGUGCAGUGGAGGCGCAUUCUCUUGUCGCCCCCCCUGCGCUCCUCAAACCAGCCCUGCCUGUCUCUUUCCUCUGCUAUCAGAGCGGUGCAGAUCAACAACCCCAGCAGCCAGUCCCAGGAGGGAAGGACACAACCAGGGCAGACUACUGGAUAUUAUAACCCAAUGAAUUAUGGCCUAAAAAAGCCAACAGGAGUUGUUGUGGGGAAGACAACCCUCUUCUUCAAGGACCUGCUCAGUCAGACUUUCACAAGAAUCACCUGUGGACACGCUGACAUUGUGUGACAACGUUUUUAUACAUGUGGGGGUUUUCUAAUUUAGUGGAGAAUGCCUGCCUUUCCUCUCUGGACUCGUGAAGUAAGGAGCCUUUAUGUUGAGACGCUUGCCUGCCCUGUAUGGUUUUGUGUUGCUUUCUCCACAGUGUAAAGCUUAUGUAGGCAUGAUCUGAUUAGUCAGACAGUGUAAGAAAGUGGAGCCUUGAAAUGCUCUGGAACAAAGGCAUCGGAGGAGGAUAUUUUUUGUCGCCUUGAACAUUCCUGUUUUUUAUAGGCCAACAAAACUAUUAAAGGUGCAUGAUUUUUUUUUUUUCAAAAUGAUUUACCGGUACUUUAAGCACUUGUUACUAUGUGGUGAGAAUGUGAAAAUAGUCAACAGAAACUAUAUGAAUAUACUCUGUAUAAAGACACUGAGAAAAUAAAACACUGUAAGAUACCUAUUUUUGAAGUAUUGAUGACAUUAAAGUUGCUGCUCUUUCUCCGGCUCAUAGGUGAGUUUAGGGAAAUUUUGGCCCGUUCAUUUUUAACAUCUGGAUUUUAUUUUCCUUUUGUUAAAAUCAUUUUUCAUUUUUCAAAGAUGCCUCCUUAAACAUUUUUUGCUUCUAUUAUUUGGCAUUGUUUUUUAGAAAUGCUUUGUUAUACUCCUUUUAUAUGUGACCCCCCCCCUCACUGUGUAUUGUCUUUUGACAGAUGUGUUCCUCCUGAUGGCCGCUGGCCUCGGGACAGACAGCAGAGGGUUCAUUAGCAAUGCCUGCUGAUAGUUGUUCUAUUACUAAGUGUGUCCUCGAAUAAUUUUAUUCAUUCAUCUAGAAACUGGAUGUGUGCUUCAAAAAAUAAACAAGACAUGUUUUGAAAAUGUGGCAUCUGUUUUUUAAAAUUCCCCCAUUUAUGUGCUGUAAUGUGAGACAUGGCCGACAAACACGAUCUAAUUGGAAG